CCAGAAUGCUUACCGGUCACCUCGAGGCUAAGGAGUCAGUGGAGGCCUGCCAUGUUAGAGGACCCGAGUCAGGGAGCAGGGGCCAAGCAUGAGAAGGAGAUGGAUGCUACAGCCCUGGUCUCUGGGGAGAACAGCAAACCUGAGGAGCCUGUGGGACUGCAGAAGCAGAUCUGCGACCUUGCAGCAGAGGUCUCAAGACAGGCGUCUUGUUGGUGUGUGGCUCACAGAGACCUCCAAAGCCAGAUCGACGCUCUGAUGAAGGAGAACCAGGAGCUCCGUGAGGAACUGAAGGCCCUGAAGCAGCAGAGUGUUGGGGCCACAAAAUCUUCUGUCACCUUGCCACCCACAGCAAGAACAACUAAUACUCUGGUACAGCAGACUUUCUGCGUUGCAGGGUUAAUGGCACAAGGAGGCAUGUCCCCUCCCUUGCAGGCAUGCUGUCUCCCCUGGGCACUCUGUCUCUCAGUCAUAGGUCACACAGAAGUGACCGUCACACCCAACAGCAGUCUAAUAUCACCAACAUGUAGGACAUUGUACGUAAGAAUAGAGGGGAUCGAUUCAGAGAAAACAACAUCAUGGGACGACAGAGAAGAUGUCCCUUCCGGAAGUCUUCAAAACGGAAGCACAAUGGCCACUGGAGGAACAGACUCCUUAGAUGAAAGACUAUCUUUUAUGUCUUUUGAUGAAAAGGUUAUGCACCUGUCUUCCAAGUUUGUGCAAACGCGCCUUGGCAGGAUAUCACCAGAACCACCAUCGGACACCACAGCUCUGGACACAGAGUCAGUGGCUGAUAUAUGGUCCUCCAACCCAGAGAGUUCUGAAGGUGAGCUUCUCAUGCAGGCUCAAACAAGCAGGCUCCUCUCUAGUUUUUCCCAGAAUACACUGUGGCUGCAGGUGGAGCAAGUACUCCGCGACGGGCGGACAAUCAUCACCUUCCCCAACGGAACCAGGAAGGAGAUCAGUGCCGACAAGAAGACGACCCUCAUCAAGUUCUUUAAUGGUGACAUGAAGAAGGUCAAGUCUGACCAGAGAGUGAUUUACUACUAUGCAGAUGCACAGACGACACACACAACCUACCCGGAUGGUGUUGAAGUCGUGCAGUUUCCGAACAAGUGGACUGAAAAAUUCUACCCGGAUGGCUCCAAGGAAACGGUGUUUCCUGAUGGGACCGUGAAGCAGCUUAAGGAUGGCUGUGAGGAGACUGUGUUCCCUGACGGGACGUGUGUGACGGUGAAAAGGAAUGGAGACAAGGUCAUCAUGUUCAGCAAUGGACAGAAGGAAAUCCACACAGCCAGGUUCAAGCGGAGGGAAUUCCCAGACGGCACCACCAAGACUGUGUACUGCAAUGGCUGCCAGGAGACCAAGUAUGCCUCCGGCAGGGUCAGGGUCAAAGACAAGACGGGAACUGUCAUUCUGGACUGGAAGUAG